AUGGAGGACAUGUUCGAGGAUGUCCUAAAGGAGCUCCUAAACAAGCUCGUCUUCUUGUACGAGUGGAAUUAUGCCCUUGAAAUGCGCAUAGAUGUGUCAGAUUACUUGAAUGUUGAAAUGGAAAAUGAGAACACAGUGAAAAACAAGAGUAGUGAUAACACAGACCCAGCACCACAACACCACCACAACAAAUAA